AUGGCCACCGUCACCUUCAGGUCAGAUUUCGCUCCCAACAAACUUACUGAACUCCACGAUAUGGUUUGGUCGAUGCCCAAUAUUCGAACAGAGAUCAUGCUUUAUCUCCCCAGCAAGGAUAUAAACACACUUUUAACGACCAGUAAGAUUCACUUCCAAGGUGCUGUCGAGAAGCUGUAUAGGAUUUUUCCCUACAAGGAGUACGAUGAGACUAUCAUACGAUGCAGGAACAAGUCCCGAAGGUCAAUUUACUUGAACGCUGUAAGGGUCAUCGACCUUGGUCCAUAUGCAUCGUGUACCUCGCCAACUAAAUGGAUUCGAUACUUUGGUCCAUUCCCCAAUGCAAGAUCGGUACGAGGUCAUGUCUCUUCCUCAACUUCAUCUCGAGCCUGGACGUUUGAGAGCAAAGAUCCUUCUGUGCUCUUCCGAAGUUCCGAGAACGGUCAACAUUGGUACACCUUUCACGAAAGGCUUUGGUCUGAGUUCACUUGGGAUAUCGCACAUCCCCUGGACAUCCCCAAGACUUCCAUGAAGACCCUCAAAGCCUGGAUAUAUAAGCAAUGCGUCGCAAUCGACAUGUGUGACUCAUCUUCCUCAACAGUAUCAGUCGCGAAAGAUCAAAUCCGAGCUAGCUUACUGGACAGGGCAGGAUCGGGUGGUAUCGUCAUCACUAGUUUCGUGUUACGUCCUCAAUUCUUGAGCGAACACAUAUUGGAGAUUUGCCAGGAGCUUGACACCGAUGGUCUUUUCCAACUCGAAAGACUCUUAAUUUUCGACAUGGAUGAAGCAUCGAGACGAAUCAUUCACCGAUUUGCGCCUGACUUAGUAUCGUUGUGCAUCGACCUUGAUGAUGAUGCCGAAGAUCCUAUGACAUUGAAAAGGAUUCUAGGGUUGAUCGAUUGGAAGAGGUCUCUGAACCUCAAAUCUCUUACAAUACGCUGCUCCGCCGGUCUCCAACAUGUGCAAGAUUCCUCUUUGCAAGUAGCCUCGUCUCUUUUAGCAUUGCCCGGACAAUCCCUCGAGGGGGUUGAUCAUCGAUCUUUAUCUGCCUGUAUGCCAUAG